AUGGGUGAUACAAAAGGCAUUUUUGAAAAGUCAGUGACCGCUCCACUAAGUCCGGCGAACAUAGAACGUUCUCAGCGUCUUGAUGCAUAUCUUCAAGACAAGGGUAACAAAGUCCUCCUGGGAUCCACCGGGCAGAAAGACAUCCAAUCUCAGCCAAUCAUCAGCACUAUUGCCCAGAGGGUGAAGGAAAGGAAAGCCGAAAAAGAGCUCGAACGCUUUAUGGAUUCCCUUUCCGACCAGGAAGUGAUUGAGGGGGCCAGAAAGGCAUGGCAAGACAAGAAAUAG